AUGCCGUGUAAAAAAUGUGAGUCGAAACUGACGAAUCUCGCCACGCCGGACGUUAAAAGGGACGGAAACAAAUGUGCAGUGCGAGUGAACAAACUGAUCGAAAAAAAGACAAAGAAAGAUAAAUUGGAGGCGAAGGGAAACCAGUGUAAAGUUUGCAAGGUGUUUCUCCACAUAAACGGAAAAUACUGCAAUUCAUGGUAG